UGAUCAGCUGAAAAUUGCGCGCGUUAUCGGUUGAAACAGAAAUAUUGUUAAAUUUUAGAUAAAUUGCAAGUGAAUAUUGUUCUCAACAUGGUACCAAGUGCCAGAACAGCGCGUUUAGUCAGGGAAGUGAAGAACUUUGAAACAAAACCUCCAUGGGGAAUAGUUUGCCAUCCAAGAGAGGAAGAUAUUUACGAUGUCUUGAAUUUCUCUUUACAAGGACCUAAAGGAUCGCCGUAUGAGAAUGGAUCGUUUAAACUAACUGUUACUAUCCCACAGAAGUAUCCCUUCGAGCCUCCACUCGUCAAAUUUACUACACCGGUGUAUCAUCCGAACAUUGAUAAAGGUGGUAGAAUAUGUAUGGACAUGCUAAAAAUGCCCCCUAAAGGGGCUUGGCUGCCUACAAUCACACUGGAGACCCUGCUGGUCUCACUGCAGACCUUACUGGCCAAUCCCAACCCUGAUGACCCUCUUAUGAUGGAUGUUGCCAACGAGUAUAAAUACAACAUAGAGAAAUAUAUAGAAAAUGCUAAGAAACACACAGAAAAAUAUGCUAAAGGCUAAAAAUAAUUAACCAUAUUGUUUGUUACAAGAAAAAUUUCAUGACAAUUUUUGUCAUUUGUCUAAAUGUUUGUUUUAUAAAUUCAGUUCGACAAAAAAUUGUGACAAAUCCAAGCUGUCGGGAGCAUCAGUUUUCUUAAUAUUUAAGAAUUUUUAUAUUGAUUUUCUGAACACUUAGCAAAGCUAAGGUGAAUAUAGUCAUUACAAAUUUUUGUUGGAUACCUUCAUCUUGUGAAGAAAAAAAAAACAAGUUGCUAGAAAAGCGAUGUGUCAACAUUACCAUAAGUUUUAUGUUUUCUAAAAAUAAAUCUUUGUUUACCUUAAAAUAAAGGCUAUUUUUGCUUGAUUAUACUAAGCUACUAGGGCUAUCUUGUUUUGUAAUAUUUCUUUCUGUUUUCUUUGUGAUUAAAAUAUUGCAUUUAACUGUUACAUCAUGUAAAUAAGAGACUGGUAUUUUAAUAAACAUUUCUUUAA